AUGUCUGACGCUGCACCCGCUGAAGCCGCACCUGCUGAGGCUACUCCCCCUGUCGAGGGCGAAGCUCCACCGGCAGAGGCUGCACCUGCCAAGGGAGAGGCACCAGCUCCUGCCGAAGGAGAGGCUCCUGCAGAACCCGCGCCUGAAGAGCCCAAAGCACCCACACCCCCUCCUCCAGAUGGUAAUGCGAUAAUGCUCCAUGAAAUGAUUCUCGGUUGGGCUUUUUGCAGAAACACAUGUGGGCUACUUUGUCAAUAUCAUUUAUCUCCUCUCUGGACUGGAUGGAUGAGCCAUGGCGAUGUUUGUUUGGUGCGCAAGGGGCAUAAGUGACAUUUUCAUAAGUUGACAGGAAAACAAAACGUUGAUAUUGUUUGUUAAUGGGUCUUUAUACAUCAAAUAUUUCAAUGGAGGUCAUGGCUCUUAUGUCGGUCCCUUUGUCACUGGAUCUCUUCAAGGGCCGCCAUCUAUAAAUAGCCUCUCCAUUUUUGGUCCAAAAUUUUACUUGCGUCCAUUGCGCGCCGCCAAACCCUGCGAAGUAUUCCUUCACAUGUAUUUAGAGAAAGUAUAUUUUUCCGAGGAAGCUGCAGCUCCAGCCGUCGCUGACGCUGAGGCACCUGUCGAGGGUAAAGCCAAGAUUAAGAGAUGUUUGUCUUGAUUAGGCUACUUAACCGUUUUACUGUAACAUCUUUAUCGCUUUACUCACAAACCGGUACUUUUUAUCCACAUACUUUAAGCUUGUCAUUUUGUAACAUCUUCUCUUUUCAUUUUGUAACAUUUAGUAAGAUAUUUUGAAACGUUUAAAAUCAGCUUUUGUUCUAACAUCACUCUAACAUUGAAUUAAUAUCAGCCUCCACCUCCCCUGCUGCUGAGGGCGGAGCUCCCGCUGCUGAUGCUGCUGCUGAGGGCGGAGCUCCCGCUGAUGGUAAUCGGCUCACUACCAAUCCACAGGGCGCCAGGUGACAUCUUCGUCAUCGUAUGCCGCUCAAUAUGGAUAUACCUAUUUAGAAUGAUCACAAAUCACUUUUGGCUAACAACACUAAGCGCUUUAUUCAAUCCGCAUCUCGGAAGUUCAGCUUUACACCGUGAUUGAAAUUUAAAGGCAAUGUUCCCGAUUUAGCUGCGUAUGUCGGCUCAAUCGGAAAUGACCUUUAAAAAGAUAUCACGGAAUCUGUAAUGCUUCAGCGUUACAGUUUGAAUAGAGCCCUAACUUAAUAGCGCUAAAAUAUCUCAAUGAUAUUUGAGCAUUUUUCCCAUCAUGGUAGGCCCUUAUUAGCCUGGUCCCAGAUAUGUUUGUAUUGUCUUUCUGGCAAAAUGCUAUGGUCAUUAUUAUAGGAGUUGACAUUAAAGACAGCACAAGCAGAUUUGGGGCCAGGCUCUGCCCUUAUGUCAUUUUAACUAGUACAUUAGCUGAUGCUGCUGCUGCCGACAGGUAGACCCUGUUCAUGUGAAAUGGAUCAAUUAUACCUUCACAUCUGAAUAUGUCCAAUUUCAAUCCACUCCAAUAUGGGAUCAUGUUAAGGUACACUACCGGUCAAAAGUUUUAGAACACCUACUCAUUCAAGGGUUUUUCUUUAUUUUUUACAAUUUUCUACAUUGUAGGAUAAUAGUGAAGACAUCAAAACGAUGUAAUAACAUAUAUGGAAUCAUGUAGUAACCAAACAAAUGUUAAACAAAUCAAAAUAUAUUUUAUAUUUGAGAUUCUUCAAAUAGCCACCCUUUGCCAUGAUGACAGCUUUGCACACUCUUGGUAUUCUCUCAACCAGCUUCAUGAGGUAGUCACCUGGAAUGCAUUUCAAUUAACAGUUGUGCCUUCUUAAAGCAUGGAGGAGGAGGUGUUGUGGUGUGGGAGUGCUUUGCUGGUGACACUGUCUGUGAUUUAUUUAGAAUUCAAGCCACACUUAACCAGCAUGGCUACCACAGCAUUCUGCAGCGAUAUGCCAUCCCAUCUGGUUGGGCUUAGUGGGACUAUCUUUUGAUUUUCAACACCUCCAGGCUGUGUAAGGGCUAUUUUACCAAGAAGGAGAGUAAUGAAGUGCUGCAUCAGAUGACCUGGCCUCCACAAUCCCCCGACCUCAACCAAAUUGAGAUGGUUUGGGACAAGUCGGACCGCAGAGUGAAGGAAAAGCAGCCAACAAGUGCUCAGUAUAUGUGGGAACCAGGUGAAGCUGGUUGAUUGAAUGCCAAGAGUGUGCAAAGCUGUCAUCAAGGCAAAUAUAAAAUAUAUUUUGAUUGGUUUAACACUUUUUUGGUUACUAUAUGAUUCCAUACGUGUUAUUUCAUAGUUUUGAUGUCUUCACUAUUAUUUUACAUUGUAAAAAAUUGUAAAAAUAAAGAAAGACCCUUGAAUGAGUAGGUGUUCUAAAACUUUUGACCGGUAGUGUAUAUGUAGUUUGGUAUACAUAUAGCGUGUGCUAAAGUUUUUCCUGACCUCGUGACCUUACUAGGGAACACUCCCGGCCCUAGUUAAAGAUUACAGCGCACCAGGGAACACUCCGGGCCUUACUUAAAGACUACAGUGUACCGGGAAACACUCCGGGCCUUACUUAAAGACUACAGUGUACAAGGGAACACUCCAGGCCCUAGUUAAAGACUACAGUGUACCAGGAAACACUCCAGGCCCUACUUAAAGACUACAGCGCACCAGGGAACACUCUGGGCCUUACUUAAAGACUACAGUGUACCAGGAAACACUCUGGGCCCUCGUUAAAGACUACAGUGUACUAGGGAACACUCGUGGCCCUAGUUAAAGACUACAGUGUACCAUAGCACAUUGGAUAUGUGUAGACUGUUUUCAUCUCUCUACUGGUAAUCCAAGAGAUGUUCAGUGAGAGAUGGGAUUGGAAUGGAUUGGAUGGAAGUGAUUCUAGAGCACUGCUCUCAUACCUGCUGCUUCUAACCUUUAAAUAAAUGCACAUUUAACAUCAGCUGCUGCUGCCGACGCGGCCCCCGCAGAGGAACCCCCCAAAGCACCUAUCCCCCCUCCACCCCUACCCCCCAAAAGUAAACCAAUCCGAUGGUCUCAGGAAAGAUUAGUCAAACCGUUACGGAGCUCUUCACACAUUCUCCUAUUACCAUUUUUAUCAUUCAUAUGAUAACCCAAUAUCAUGUCCUCAAGUUGUACGUUGUCUGAAUUGUGUUUGCGUUUUCCAAACUGUAGAGCCCUAUUGCCAUGUUUCCAUUGACAUGAUAAUCCAAUAAGGCUAAUUAUUUCCUCUUGCGUCUCGAGUUGUACAUUGUCUGAAUUGUGUUUACGUUUCCAAACUGUAGAGGCCACCAGCGAGCCCCUGGAAGUAAUAGUGGAGGAUAAGAGUGACACUUCAGUGACCAUUACCUGGAGGCCUCCAAAGACCAUUCCACCCAACUCUGGCCUGGAUGGAUACACUGUGGAAAUCACUAAGGAGGGAAGUAAGUCCUUCAAACCCACUUCAGCCCUUAACUAGCCUGGUCCCAGAUCUGUUUGUGCAGUCUUGCCAACUCCCACGGUCAUGGGCAUGACCAAUUUGGGACCAGGCUACCCUUUUAACGACUAAGUUCUUGAAUGUUGUUAUGUUGUCCCAUUGGAUUUUGUACAUCUCUGAUGUAGAGAAUUAUCUAAGGUAAAAUUGAGAAUUAACCACAACCUUAUGAAAAUGUUUAUUGAUUGUUUUACCUAACAUCCUACAAUGAGGCUCCGGUCCACUUUAAGACGGUACAAUUGUAAAUGAUAUUUUAUUGGCUGGUCAGACCUAUCAGUUGCACCUCUUCCCUGCAUGUCACUAGUUGAUUUAUACCGUACCUAACCUCUCCCUAUAAGGAGAGAGGCAUUUCUGGUGGUGCCGUGAACUUGCUGGUGCCUGCUUUUAGAUCACAACCGUAUGCUAAUGUCAGUAACAGACUCAACUCAAAUGGCAGAGAAGAGAAGAUACCUCAAGUUAUACAACUUCACGGUUGACCUUGCAAAUGUAGUAAUGCACCCUGAAAACACAACAUAUUAUAUUUUUAUUAAUUAAUCUCCUUCAUUCGUCCAUUUAAAAAUAUUGUUUUGACACAACAUAAUAUAUUUUUAUUAAUGAAUCUCGUUGAUUAGUCCAUUUAAAAAUAUUGUUUUGGGCCCAGAUAGGAAAAUAAGUACUACAUGUAUAAAUGCAUGAUACAAUAAAAUGACAGGAUUCAUAAACUGAGCUGUUAACUCAUGCUUAUUGUCCUCACGGUGUUCAUUCUACUGCCACAGUUCUAUAUUGUCCUCAUCGUGUUAACUGUUCUGUCACUGUUCUAUGUUGUCCUCAUCGUGUUAACUGUUCUGUCACUGUUCUAUGUUGUCCUCAUCGUGUUAACUGUUCUGUCACUGUUCUAUGUUGUCCUCAUCGUGUUAACUGUUCUGUCACUGUUCUAUAUUGUCCUCAUCGUGUUAACUGUUCUGUUACUGUUCUAUGUCGUCCUCAUCGUGUUAACUGUUCUGUCACUGUUCUAUGUUGUCCUCAUCGUGUUAACUGUUCUGUCACUGUUCUAUGUUGUCCUCAUCGUGUUAACUGUUCUGUCACUGUUCUAUAUUGUCCUCAUCGUGUUAACUGUUCUGUUACUGUUCUAUGUCGUCCUCAUCGUGUUAACUGUUCUGUCACUGUUCUAUAUUGUCAUCACUGUGUUCUCUUUCCUGUCACAGCUGAAGACUGGAAAGCAGUCAACGAGGAUCUGACCAUGUCCUGUCGUUAUGUAAUCAAGAACCAGACUACCGGCGACCAUCUGCUGAUCCGGGUGGUGGCUGUGAACUCUGGUGGCCGCAGCCCCCCUGCUACUAUCGCCGAUCCUGUUCUGGUCAAGGAAGUUGGGGGUAAGCAAAGCAUGGACAAUACAGUGCAUUCGGAAAGUAUUCAGACCCCUUGACUUCUUCCACAUUUUGUUACGUUACAGCCUGGUUCUAAAAUUUAUUAAAUUGUUUUUUUUUCUUCAUCAAUCUACACACAAUACCCCAUAAUGACAAAGCAAAAACAGUUUUUUAGAAAUGUUUGCAACUUUAUAAAAAAUACAAAACUGAAAUAUCACAUUUACAUAAGUAUUCAGACCCUUUACUCAGUACUUUGUUGAAGCACCUUUGGCACCUUUGGCAGCGAUUACAGCCUUGAGUCUUCUUGGGUAUAACGCUACAAGCUUGGCACACCUGUAUUUGGGGAGUUUCUCCCAUUCUUCUCAGCACAUCCUCUCAAGCUCUGUCACAUUGUUUGGGGAGCGUCGAUGCACAGCUAUUUUCAGGUCUCUCCAGAGAUGUUCGAUCGGGUUCAAAUCUGGGCUCUGGCUGGGCCACUCAAGGACAUUCAGAGACUUGUCCCAAAGCCACUCCUGCGUUGUCUUGGCUUAGGGUCGUUGUCCUGUUGUCCCGCCCCAGUCUGAGGUCCUGAGUGCUCUGGAGCAAGUUUUUUUCAAAGAUCUCUCUGUACUUUGUUCCGUUCAUCUUUCCAUCGAUUCUGACUAGUCUACCAGUCCCUGCCGCUGAAAAACAUCCCCACAGCUUGAUGCUGCCACCACCACGCUUCACAGUAGGGAUGGUGCCAGGUUUCCUCCAGACGUGACGCCAAAGAGUUCAAUCUUGAUUUCAUCAGACCAGAGAAUCUUGUUUCUCAUGAUCUUAGAGUCCUUUAAGUGCCUUUUGGAAAACUCCAAGUGGGCUGUCAUGUGCCUUUUACUGAGGAGUGGCUUAAGUGUUCCACUCUACCAUAAAGACCUGAUUUGUGGAGUGCUGCAGAGAUGGUUGUCCUUCUGGAAGGUUCUCCCAUCUCCACAGAGGAACUCUGGAGCUCUGUCAGAGUGACCAUUGGGUUCUUGGUCACCUCCCUGACCAAGACCCUUCUCCCCCGAUUGCUCAGUUUGGCCGGGGGGCCAGCUCUAGAGUCUUGGUGGUUCUAAACUUAUUCCAUUUAAGAAUGAUGGAGGUCACUGUGUUCUUGGGGAACUUCAAUGCUGCAGACAUUUUUUUAUACCCUUCCCCAGAUCUGUGCCUCGACACAAUCCUGUCCCGGAGCUCUACGGACAAUUCCUUCGACCUCAUGGCUUGGUUUUUGCUCUGACAUGCACUGUCAACUGUGGGACCUUAUAUAGACAGGUGUGUGCCUUUCCAAAUCAUGUCCAAUCAAUUGAAUUGAUUUACAACAGGUGGACUCCAAUCAAGUUGUAGAAACAUCUCAAGGAUGAUCAAUGGAAACAGGAUGCACCUGAGCUCAAUUUGAGUCUCAUAGCAAAGGGUCUGAAUACUUACGUGAAUAAGGUAUUUCGUUUUUUUAUUAUUAAUACAUUUGCAAAAAAUUAUAGAAACCUGUUUUCGCUUUGCCAUUAUGGGGUAUUAUGUGUAGAUUGUUGACAAAAAAUCAAUAUUUAAUCAAUUUUAGAAUAAGGCUGUAACGUAACAAAAUGCGGAAAAAGGGAAGGGGUCUGAAUACUUUCCGAAUGCACUGUAUGUUACCCACCACCUGGAUUCGGUCCUGUGUCGCAACAUUUGAAACUGUGUUUUUUACAUUGGAUAAAAGUAGAGUAAAUGGUAUAUAGACACUGCAGUUGAGGAACAAUGGGAAAGUAAUUCUGCUUUGAAUGUUGAUAAACUUGUAACCCCACUUUUGAGAAAAUGCUCCUUGAAUUUUUUGGUACACCUACUGGAGAGCUCUUCUUUGUCUACACCCAUCCAGCAUCGUUCAGACCCUCUUAAGCUUUAGCCCCACCCAUCUCUUUAAGGAUUCACAUGAGGCCAUGUGUUAAACAGAGUGAGUAGUGUAGUAAACAACCAAUGAUUUCAAGACUAAAAGUGGUAAAAGUAGCAGCCUACAAUAAGGAAAACUCCAGGUAAAAAUACACUUUAUUUAGUCCUUGGCCUAUGUCCUAAUCUGACUUUAGUGCAGGUCAUGUUGUUCUUCACAUUAUCGUCUCUGGUAAACACACACUAUAUCAAAUUAAAUGUAUAUUUAUUUGUCACAUGCACAGGAUACAGAGUGUGUAAACUGUACAGUGAAAUGGUUACUUGAAUACUUGCAUAGUAGCAAUAUCAAAAACAGAAAGUGUCCAGAUAUAAAUAUUUUAGAAUUAUUAGAUGACACUUACCCAGUCACACUUGUCUAAAUUGAUCGGUCAUGUGAAAUAAAUGCUAUAACCACCCCACAGCCACACCUAGAUAAGUGAAUGGGUUCUGAUUACUACACAGAUCAUACACGUAACGUUAGCUAACGAGCCAGCAAGCUAACAUUCGCUUGCUAGCUAACAGUAUGCUUUAACUUGCAAUGAAAACAACUUUCUGACAAAAUUUGAAACGUAUAAUAUCUGAAAAUGUAGCUAGACUCUUACCCGUAUACAUACAUGAACGCUUCACGGCAGACUGGAACCAUUUAACUCCAUUCUUGUUUGGCCAGCGUUGUGUCAAGUCACUCUGGUUCAAACUGACCGUGGCGUGUGCAGAGAAAGUAGCCCAUCACAACUUUUUCCAACUCAUCUGACGAUAGCACCUGCUGAAUUCAGGGCAUCAAUGUUGUUGAGAAAAGUAGUACAACUUUUGUAGUUCUCGAUGGCUAAUGUUAUAUAUUUCCAAAAACCGUGGUAGAUAGGAUUAUCAACACAUACUGAGCAGCUCACAUUAUAGACAGAAGCGAGCUACAUGGCAGACCAAUCCAAACUCAUCUCCUGGCAUGUCCAGCCCAUCCAUUUUCUCAGCCAAUCAUGGCUAGCAGGAAGGUUCCUGUCUUUUUCCGUGGCUAAACCAACUAGGCUCGUAAUUAACCAUUUUAUUUGUAUUUACAGAUGGAAUACAAGUUUUUUAUUAAGGCACAUGAAAGUUGACAUCUUCCAGAAGGCAUUUCUGCCAAAAAAAAACGCAUAAAGAAUAACGAAAUAAAAAUACUUUCAAAUGCCUCUCCUGUGAAGUAGUGACGUGCGACAUAUGCCUAGCUUCCUGAAACUGGUCACAUAUGUACUCUCUCUCACACACACACACACACACACACACACACACACACACACACACACACACACACACACACACACACACACACACACACACACACACACACAGCCCUUAGCUACUGUACUUCAGAAGCACACCAUGGUCCAUUACUGCCAACCAGAAGAUGUGGGGGUUUUCUUCCAUGAACUUCAAGUGGACAGUAUUGUAUUAACGGGUGGCCAUCGCAGCAAGUCCAAACUGUUUGUGGUGGGCGUCUUUAUUGUUGUAAAAGCUUUUCAAAAGAGCAGACGUUGAAACAGCUAGGGAGAAACAGCUCAGCAUAUUUUCCAUCUCAGAUAUCCAAAUUCUGUUGGCUUGGCACAUCCCUGGCCUGUUAGAGUAAUGCAACUGUCGUCUUCUCAGAUUAUUGCCACCAAGAGGGUGGUAGAGCUCCUCAGUCCAAGCAUGGAGCUAGCUCCCCAGUUGUUAAGUGCCUAAAGCACUCCCUUUGAUACUGUGGGGUAUUUUUUCAGUAGACCAUACAGAGCUAUGGUACCGAGUGGUACCCAAGGUCAGACCAUAGGUUAAAAAUAGUAAAUCUUUCUAGACUAUAAAUAUUAAAAUAUAGCUAAUUAUAAAGACAAGCAGUGGUACAGAGGAUGAGGCAAUAAGACUAGGUGAGUGUGGUACCGAGUGGUACACAAGGAGGGAGUCUGAGCCAGAGUCAGGAGAUGGCUCUUGAUUGAGUAUACUGUUAUGUAUGAGGCAAUGCAUUAGGAAAGUCUUAAAUGUAUAUGGUUGAGAAUGGAUUAUGGAUCUGCUAUGUUUAAACCAUAUUCAAGUAUCGAUUGAUGGGUUCUGUUAUUUUUUACAUGAGAAAGUUUGGUUUGGCCACCAUUGUAUCCAAACUAAAUAAAUAUAGGAGGAGAAGUCAGAUUUCACCACUAUCAUAAAUUAAGAGAGUGGGCGGAGCGGUCAAAAGAUGAACGUUUGGAAACAAUGGUGGAGAAACUGAACUGGGAGGGUUUAAGCUAAAAAGUAUGUAAAACUAGCAGGAAUGGACAUUGUAUAUAAACUGAGGGCCGAGUGUUGUGAGUUAGUUGCUCUGCAGACCAGCUCGGCUUUUGUUGCUCUAUGUAAUAAAGUCUAUCUAGAUUCUACAAAAACUCUGGAAGAACUUUGAUUUUUAAUAGGUAUAGUGAUCAUUUUCCACAACAAUACCUUUUGGUUGCAUGUUUUCACCAGUGUCUUCUUACUGUGCAUUCAGGAGAAGUAAUUUUUAGUCUUCCUCAAUGAUAACUGUUAAUGGUUAGUCAAGCAUCUUAAUUUACCAACAAGCUCUCAUAGUCUCACUGCAGAAUUAAACAUUUUUGCACUUUUCUCCAAACGUCAAAUUGCAAAGUUGCUCCAAAUGUCAAAUUUCUAAGUGUUUUUGACAUGCUGGGUUGCUUCUCUUGCUCCACAUCGUUCCAUUUCUCCAAACGUCAAAUUUCGAAGUUGCUCCAAAUUUCAAAGUUAAGGGUUAAGGGUAAGGUUUAAGGUUUGGCAUAGGGUAAAAAAUCCCUAUGCCAAACACUGGGAUUGAACCCUCGACCUUCGAAUCCAGAGUCAUAGGAUUACACUCAUCCCCCACCCCUCAUCCACAAUGCCCAAGCCUACUUGAUUGUAAUAGCGCUCACUGUUGCCCCUAGUGGCUGGUGGUGAAGGCAUUUCCCUUCAACCUCAGGACAUGGACAGACGUCCAAUUUCGAAGUCAAUCUUGAAGCGAUCUGGCUGAAUUUACAGCAAUCAUCAUGGAAUCAAGUUAAUUUACUGUAUACAGUGGUAGGCCCUGGAUUUUGUGUUUUAUUCAGAGUCAAAAAUUCAGAACAUACAGUAAAAUAGAAAUCUAAAAGAAUUGGUAGACCUACAAAAAAAAAGAAGAUCGAUUAAAAAGUAAGUUAUGUAAUCAGGGAUGUAAAGAGAGAGAUCAUCAAAUGUGUAAUGGAGAGUUUUAGUGGAGGGGAAUGAAACCUGAACCCCAAGGACUUAUACGAGGGACUGGCUGUCCCGCAAUAGGAGUGUCCAAGUCCCACAGUCCCACUGUCAAACUUAACCGUUGGUCCACCAAUAGAGGCAUCUGGUUACCCACACAAUGGAAAGACUUCUAACUUUCCCACAAAUCAUUUGAAAAAUGGUUGGGAUGUGUCUGCUAUUAACACAGAACACAGAUUCAAUUCGGAAGGUUUGGCAUAGAGUUGACUCCCUAGUCAGAAUGCGUGCUGGAGAGGUGUCAAGCCAGCGAUGGUGUGAUGGUGACAAGUAUAAUCGUACAGGGCGGGGUUGGGGGUUGGGGACAUUCCAAAGUGUCCACUCUACACAGAGGGGGUGGGGACAGGGGAGGGAUCUAAUGUCUCGUAUGCCAUCUAAGUCCUUUGAGAUGACCAGGGACCCAGUGUUUAUUUUUAAAUAUGCCACAGACUCUGACAGGGACAGGGCAGUUCUCUUUUGACCUGAUCCCCCAUAAGGAGUGUCAAGUCGGGACGCUCCACAGAGAAACACACCUAACUCUACCAUGACCAUUCCCCAGUGGGUUGGUUGUUUUUUUUCAUCCAUUUUCUAAUAGCAGCACAUAUUUCUGCCUAUAGCACUGGACAUCCAAUGGCACUAGUGCAUAGAUUUGUAUAGGAGCGGGUUCGCAAUUAUAGUUUCUAUGUUCUGUUAUUGGUUAGUUACAAAUACAACAGUUCUGUCCAUGUUUUAACACAUGCAGCAAGCCAUUUGCUGUGAUUGAUGUGUUUGUGGGGAACCCUAUGGUCUAGGUAGAAUCUACAAUACAGUAUCAAGCAGAGUAUGAUUCUUAAUGCAGCCUGUUCAACCGUGUGGGCUGGGGUAACUGUAGAGUAUGAUUCUUAAUGCAGCCUGUUUAACAGUGUGUGCUGGGGUAACUGACCUAUUUAGAGUUCUGAUGCGAUGGUGUGAUUUCAAAUAGGACAUAUUUAGAGCUCUGAUGAGAUGGUGUGAGUUUAGAUAAGACCUAUUUAGAGCUCUGAUGAGAUGGUGUGUUUAGAUAAUACCUAUUUAGAGCUCUGAUGAGAUGGUGUGAGUUCAGAUAAGACCUAUUUAGAGCUCUGAUGAGAUGGUGUGUUUAGAUAAUACCUAUUUAGAGCUCUGAUGAGAUGGUGUGAGUUCAGACAGGACCUAUUUAGAGCUCUGAUGAGUAUAACUCUACUAGACUCAGCAGGUGGUUGGUUCCCACCCAACUAGAUCUGGUCUGGAAGACUGGAGUACAGGAUAAUCUGUCUCCAAUGUACAUAAAGUGGGUUUUGAGGAUUUUGUUUUUUAUUAAUAUCUGAUAAACAUUCAAUUGCUUGCUCUGAAGUGUCUCUGAAGUAUCUCUGAAGUGUCACUGAAGUGUCUCUGAAGUGUCUCUGUAGUGUCCUAUCCAUAAAGUGUGUCAGUUUCAGUCAUUUUACUUAUUUGAACAGGUUGAUUAUUAUUGUUAUUCGUAACCUAUUUUUGUUCCGUCUGUAGCUCGCCCCAAAGUCCGCCUGCCUCGUUUCCUGAGGCAGAGGUAUGUCAAGAAAGUCGGUGAGAAGAUCAACCUUGUCAUCCCCUACUCUGUGAGUUUGCAUUAUGAGAUGAUGAGUGGGGAGUUUGUCUAGACGACAUGACCUGAGCAGGAUUAAAAACAUUGGACCCUAGCUAUAGUCACAUUUACUAUUUAAUACAACUAGGGGCUAGAGUUUUAUCACAUUGUCAGGAAAGACUCCUGGCCAUGAUGAUGUAAAAUAAUUUGAUGUUAUAGCAUGUGUCCAUGCAGAUGGAAGUUAGACCAUUGAUUGAGCCCGGCCUUGUGUUCUUUACUGUCCUAGGGCAAACCUAAGCCGGUGGUUAGCUGGUUAAAGGAUGGAGGGCCCCUUGACCCAAAGAGGGCCAACGUCCGUACAUCUGACACAGACAGCAUCCUGUUCAUCCGUCAAGCAGAGAGAGCGGACUCUGGCUCAUACGAGAUGUGCGUGAAGGUGGACGACUUUGAAGACAAAGCUGCUAUCAUCAUCCAGAUUAUUGGUAAGUCAAAUUGUAUUAGACUAUCCAACCUUGUUUUCAUUUCCAAACAGAUCAUGAUGUAGCAUUAGCCUCUGACUGUCAUGGUAUAUUUUUUAUCAUAACUAGGGCCAGGGGUUGUUCCUGGUCAGGUCAUGUGAUCAGGAAGAAGUCCUGGACCUAGUCCUAACUGAUCUGGAGAGUGAUUGAGUUGUUGUGAGUUGACUGAUACAAAUGAUGCAACCUUUUACCUCUGUGCCUGCUCUCCCACAGAGCUGCCUGGGCCACCAGCCAGCGUUAAGGUUGCGGAUGUCUGGGGAUUCAACGUUGCUCUUGAGUGGACCGCACCUAAAGAUAAUGGAAACACAGAGAUCACAGGCUACACCGUCCAGAAGGCUGACAAGAAAACCGGGGUGAGAAACCCGCCGCUUACAUUACAAUGUCAAAGUCAAUGACAGCUUCUGUAGCCAACUCGUUUACACAAUUCCCAUUGAUGCAGUAGCAAAUAUUUUCCCUGUAAUCAAAUCUAAUCCAAACUAACUUUAUUUAAAGGUACAUCUCAGUACACUUUACACAAAAAAAUAGACCCCAAAAGAAAAUACAGUUCCUGUAAUAAAAUAUAAUUAAUGCUAAUAUGGUAUCUUGCCCAGGACUGGUUCAACAUCCUGGAGCACUACACCAGACUAAACGCCACAAUCUCAGACCUCAUCAUGGGCAACACCUACACCUUCAGGGUCUUUGCAGAGAACAAGUGUGGACUCAGUGAGGAAUGUGCCGUGACCAAGGAAGAAGCCACCAUUGUGAAGGAGGGUGAGACAUUCUCCACACCACGCCUUUCUAAAAACAUCCCCCUGCAACGUUAGAAUGUUGGAGACGGUUAGAACGAGUGGGACAGAAAAGUCUCCUUGUAGCUAGUUGCUCCUAUUUAAGACCUAAUCCAUGCUUGUGUCUCAUUAUUUUUCAGUUAUUGACUACAAACCUACCCCGUUCGUGGAGCGUGACUUCACAGAGGCUCCCAAGUUCACCACUGUUCUGAAUGACAGGUCCACCACUGUUGGCUACAGCACCAAGCUGCUGUGCUCUGUGAGGGGAUCCCCUAAGGUAAACCUUCCCUCUCACAAACUCUCAUACCAGCCCAGUACUGGAGGUUCUUCAUGGAAAGGAAACCUGUGGGCUAGUCUAGCAGAACUGUCAUGAUUCUAAAAGACCCACUCAUUGUUUGUUGGGUGAGAUUUUAGUGCCGAUGGCUCCACAUGCCAGGCCCAUGAACACAGACAGCUGCCAGUUGCGCCUUCACUUCACCUACACACUGAAGAAGGCUGUAAAGCCGAAACGUCCAUGUACGCUAUCUCUGAUGCAGUGAAAAUACUUAAAAACAUCUAAUAAUGAAGUAAGCUUUUUUUUUUGUGCGGAUCCAUUACAUAUUUUUGUGUGCCUUCACUUUUUCCCUGGAAAAUAUUAUUGGAUGGGGAUACACAUAUAUGUAUCACACACACGCACAGACACAAACAGACACACACACGCGCACACACACACGCAUACCCCUGUCCAUCCGUCCCUGUCAAUAUAUUUACUUGUAGCAGAGUUGGAAUGAGAGGGAUCUUUAGUAUCCUUGUCAGCCUGCUGUCUGAACCUCCAGCUUCCAGCCUGUCCCCUCCCCUCCCAGCAGAUACACUGGGUUGCCAGUUGUCACAGCAGAGCAGCAUUUGGCAUAGGGGGGUUGGGAAUGCAGCUCCGUACAGGGUUAGGUUCUGAUAGUCUCUGAGCGGAGCCCUGGACCUCUGGACCCCUGGCCAGCUGGGUGUGUGGGUGACAGAGAGGAGGGGGUUGAGGGGUCACAUGUGUGACAUUCCUGCCCUGAGGGGACCAUGGGGGUCAUUUACACUGAGCCACAUGGUGCCCCUGUCACUGGACCCCCUGGCUCAUGCACCCCAGAGAGAGUGUGUGUCUUCCGAAUAGCUGUUACCAUCAAAGAAAAGGGCUUAGAAACCAACAUAGCUAGCCCUACAUGAGUGUGUGGUCCUGUGUGGCUCAGUUGGUAGACCAUGGUGCUUGUAACACUAGGGUUGUGGGUUUGAUUCCCAUGGGGAUCAGUAUGAAAAAUAACUCAAAUGUAUGCACUCACUACUGUAAGUCACUCUGGAUAAGAGCGGCUGCUAAAAUGUGAUGUUCCUUUAUUGGGGGAUUUGAUUGAUUGUUCAUAGAGGUAUGUUCCCUUUGCGAUGCGUGGAUCAGAUUUGAGUAAGGUGCAUGGUAAAACAUACUCCAAGUACACGAAAGCUCAAGUAAACAAUUGUGACUUUAACCACGUUUCCAUCCACAGUUUUUAUGAGUAAAGUCAUACCGUAUAAAAAAAAAUCAAUUUUAUAAAUGCUGACACUGUCACGAUCGUCAUAAUAAGCGGACCAAGGCGCAGCGUGAUAAGCGUACAUUCUUUUAUUUAGUACACACACGAACAAAACAAUAAACGAUACGUGAAGUCCUAGGGUUAAACCCAAACCUUACGGAACAAGAUCCCACAAACAACAGUGCCAAACAAGCUGCCUAAGUAUGGUCCCCAAUCAGAGACAACGAGCCACAGCUGUCUCUGAUUGGGAACCACCCUGGCCAACAUAGAAAUAAACGAUCUAGAAAGAAACACAUAGAAAACACAACAUAGACACUACACACCCUGGCUCAACAUUUAAGAGUCCCCAGAGCCAGGGCGUGACAGACACAUAAUUUGCUCGUUUGACAUGGUGGGAUCUUUUUGUGUCUGUAAAAUUAAUUAUGCGAGAAAUGGCAGUGGAAAUGACUUUAUGCACAGAUAUUGAUAUAAUAACCAUCAUAUCAAAGUAAACUUGGAGUCACGCGAUGACAUGUUGUGUGGUCCUCCCACUAUGAUUCAGGAAAGCAUGCAGUUUAGUAGGCUACAGAUUAUAUAAUAAGUUAUGAUGAACUUCACAGAGUGGUGAAUGUGCAAGGAGCUUGAUGCUCCUUUCCAAUAAAUAUCGAGGGUCUUAUUCUGGUGACAUGAUGAUCGAUGCUUGACUGCCGUUUGACAAAUACAAAUAUUCUCGGUCUUAUCCAUAAUAAUGUCAUCAUGUAGACUAUCCUAGCUGCACAGCCUACCUACACUGUAUCUGCCAGCUGUUGGCUAGAGCGAAUAUGCCAAGACCAGAGUAAGCACAUUUGCUAUUUAAUGCAACAGUUUGUGACAAAACUAUCGGUAGAGUUGAAAAUGGGAUGGAAAUACAUUGAACUUUAGAUUUUUAUUCGGUACAUGAAAACUGAAGCAAAAAAGUACAUUUUGUGUGCACUACGUCAUCACGCACUGAGUCCGUUUGGUCCGUUUGGUGGAAACACACCACUGGUGGGAAAAUGCGCAUAUUUCUUUGGCGGAUUUUAGAACAUUUGCGUGAUUGGAUGGAAACCUAGCUGCUGACAAUAAAACUUGAAACUUCAAACAAUUGAUCUGAAACGUAGAAAUCACUUAUUAUGUCAUUGCAGCCUAAGAUUAUGUGGAUGAAGAACAAGAUGAUCCUCAACAACAUGGAUAACCCCAAGUACAGGAUGAUCAGCACAGGGGGCAUCUGCACCCUGGAGAUCCGUAAGCCCGGCCAAUACGACGGUGGAGAGUAUGUCUGCAGAGCUGAGAACGAACUGGGGAAGGUCGACACUGGCUGCAAGCUGGAGGUCAAAAGUAAGUAGUAGUUGUGGUAAAAACAUUUUUGCAAUUACAGUCUUUUCCUACCAGUACUGACUUUGCUGAUAACUUCUGUACUAUUGAGACAAAUGUACUCCAGGGUCUAACAUUAACACCCGCCACCGACCAAAUGCGGGUAGAUUUUGGUAUUGGCGGGUAGAAUGUUUAUUUCAGCAGCCACGUUGGCUGGUGGUCACACAGAGCAAAAUUAAGAAUAUUAAAGAAUUGGUAUAAGUUUCUCAUAAGACAUGAACAGAAUACAUCAAUGAUUCUCAUUUCCUGCAGUUUUCUGAGGAAGCAACAACAUGCGAAUGUCUGUAAAUCAAAUCAGUGUUUAUUUAGGUGCAGCGAAAUACUUGUGUUACUAACUCCUACAGUGCAGUAAAAUGUCUCACAAAUACACAAUAUUGAAAAAAAUCUAAAGAAGAAAUUAAGAAAUAACAAUCCAAGUAGGUGUAUUACAGUGAGACUAUACGUACGUGGUGUGUGGAGACUGAAUAUAAUCUGGAAAAUGAAAUGGAACAGUAUGUACAGUAGAAAAGGUAUAACAGGAUGAUAUAUGUGGAUAAUAUAGUAUAUACAUACACAGUGAGUAAACAACAGUAUAUAAACAGAAUAUGAGGUGACCAGCGUUCAAUGACUAUCUAUAUACAUGGGGCAUACUGUAAGUCUCAAGAUGCAGGGCUGAGUACUGGGCAGUUAGCCAGCUAGUGAUGACUGUUCAACAGUCUGAUGUCCUGGUGAUAGAAGCUGUUCAACAGUCUGAUGGCCUGGUUAUAGAAGCAGUUUCUCAGUCUGAUGACCUGGUGAUAGAAGCUGUUCAACAGUCUGAUGGCCUGGUGAUAGAAACUGUUCAACAGUCUGAUGGCCUGCUGAUAGAAGCUGUUUCUCAGUCUGAUGGCCUGCUGAUAGAAGCUGUUCAACAGUCUGAUGGCCUGGUGAUAGAAGCUGUUUCUCAGUCUGAUGGCCUGGUGAUAGAAACUGUUCAACAAUCUGAUGACCUGCUGAUAGAAGCUGUACUGUCUCAGUCUGCUGGAUGGUAGCAGAGUGAACAGACUGUGGCUCGGGUGGCUGAGGUCCUUAAUGAUCUUCUUGGCCUUCCUUUGACAUCAAGUGCUGUAAAUGUCCUGGAGGGCAGGCAGCGUAACCCCAGCGAUGAGUUGAGCUGACCACACUACUCUCCCGAGCGCCAUGCCGUUGAGGGGGGUGCAGUUGCUGUACCAGGCAGUGAUGCAACCCAAUAGAAUGCUCUUUUACAUUUUAGUCAUUUAGCAGAUGCUCUUAUCCAGAGCGACUUACAGUUAGUGAGUGCAUACAUUUUCAUACUGGCCCCCCGUGGAAAACAAACCCACAACCCUGGCGUUGCAAGCGCCAUGCUCUACCAACUGAGCUACAGGGGACUACAUGGUGCAUCUGUAGUAGUUUGUGAGGGUCUUAGCGGAAAGUCAAAUUUCUUCAGCCACCUGAGGUUGAAGAGGCGCUGUUGUGCCUUCUUCCUCUUUAAUGUGUGCCCAAGGAAUUUGAAGUUUUUGACCCUCUCCAUCACAGCCCCUGUUGAUAGAGGCGUGCUCCCUCUUCUGUCUCCUGUUGUCAACGAUCAGCCCCUUUGUUUUUUUUACGUUGAGGGAAAGGUUAUUUUCCUGGCAUCACUCCGUCAGGGCUCUAACCUCCUCCCUGUAGGCUGUCUCGUCAUUGUUGGUAAUCAGGCCUACCACUGUCGUGUUGUCAGCAAACUUGAUGAUUGAGUUGGGUGAACAGGGAGUACAGGAGGGAGCUGAGCAUGCACCCUUGUGGGGCCCCCAUGUUGAGGAUCAGCAUGGCGGAGGUGUUGUUGCCUACCCUCACCACCUGGGUUCGGCAUGUCAGGACGUCCAGGAUCCAGUUGCACAGGGAGGAGUUCAGACCCAGGGACCUGAGCUUAGUGACGAGUGAUGUACUAUGGUGUUGAAAGCAAAGCUGUAGUCGAUGAUCAGCAUUCUUACAUAGGUAUUCCUCUUGUCCAGGUGGGAUAGGGCGGUGUGCAGUGCAACGACAAUUGCAUCGUCCGUAGAUCUGUUGGGGCGGUAUGCAAAUUUUAGUGGGUCUAGGGUGUCGGGCAAGGUGGAGGUGAUAUGGUCCUUGAGUAGCCUCUCAAAGCACUUCAUGAUGACAGAAGUGAGUGUACGGGGUGAUAGUCAUUGAGUUCAGUUACAUUUGUUUUCUUCGGUACAGGAACAAUAGUGGACAUCUUGAAGCACGUGGGGACAACAGACUGGGAUAGGGAGAGAUUGAAUAUGUCCAUAAACACUCCAGCAAGCUGGUCUGCGUCUGCACUAAGGAUGCUGCUUGGGAUGCCAUCCGGGCCAGAAGCCUUGCAAGGGUUAACAUGCUUGAAAGUUCUAUUCAUGUCAGCUACAGAGAUCGGGAGCCUGCAGUCCUUGUGAGCAGCGGGGCCCCCGACAUAGGCUCUGUGUUGUUUUCCUGGAAGCAGGCGAAGAAGGUGUUAAGCUUAUCUUGGAGUGAGGCGUCGGUGUCCGUGACGUGGCUGGUUUUCCCUUUAUAAUCCAGAGAUUUUUUUUUACAUGCUUUCAUUACUUAAAAGACUCAGGUCACAAAACAGUUAAUGAAACUGAGCAAUAUACCACAUUUCUUCUUACUAGUGAUACAUUUGCUGUUUUAGAAACAUUACAAAGCAUGCUGAUCCGUUUAUUUAUUUUGUGUGUGUGUGUUUGUAAUUAUGGCAAGAACAAAAUAUUUUGGCCGGUAAAAUAUCUGAGUGGCUGAUAGAUUUUUUUAUCUACCUGCCACAGUGGACCAAAAAGUUAAUUUGUUGUAUUUGAAUCAGGCUGUGUGUAAAUAUUGCCAUUGGUUCAUGAUCACUAAAAUAAUGAUAUUUACCUCAACAGAGCCUGUUUAUGCAGAUGCUGACAAAGAUAAGGAGGCAGAGUAAAUGCACAUGCAUACAGGUCAGUAACUCUUGUUGACAUAUUUUAAGGUUUCAUGUGGAAAAUGGGCUUCAAUUUACAAAAUUGGUCUGAAUUCAGAAGUUGAGUGUGAAUCAACAAAUUAUGGCCACUUUGUUACGAACUACACUUCUUUAAAAUACCUACCUAUAACAUUUACAUUUUAGUCAUUUAGCAGACACUCUUAUCCAGAGCGACUUACAGUUAGUGAAUACAUAUUAUUUUUUUAUACUGGCCCCCCGUUGGGAAUCAAACCCACAACCCUGGCGUUGCAAACACCAUGCUCUAUCAACUGAGCUACAUCCCUGCCGGCCAUUCCCUCCCCUACCCUGGACGACGCUGGGCCAAUUGUGCGCCGCCCAUGAGUCUCCCGGUCGCGGCCGGCUGCGACAGAGCCUGGAUUCGAACCAGGAUCUCUAGUGGCACAGUUAGCACUGCGAUGCAGUGCCUUAGACCACUGCGCCACUCAGGAGUCGAAAGUCUUCACUUUUAAAAAAUAAAAUCCAUGUUGGCAUUUAAUUUGCUUUGACUUUGGUCUUAUUGGAGAGAACGUUUAUAUUUAACCAUCAUAUUGUCACUUAGUAAAAAUAUAAAAAUACCCAUGAAACCUGAGAAUUUAGCACCAAAGUUUAUUUGAAUAGGUAUCAGUCUAUUUGAGUCCUGGUACAUCUUCUCCUAGGCCGGACUUACAUGGAGAGCCCUAAACUGGGAAGGGGGGAGGUGGCCUCUGCCAUUGCAAGGGUCUGAGUGCCAGUACUAGCGGCUGCUCAUAAAUUACUCCUGUAAUGACUCCACAUGCACUCAGUUGGGGGACUACAUCACAUUUCCUUGAUUCAGCAGCAGUGGGCCCAUUAGGGACCAGCGAGACGCCGUGAUUUACUACCAGGAUCCACUGUAAUGCAAGCAGCUUGUCACCCCCCAGGGUGUUGAAUUUCCACGGUGGACACUACAAACAAAUAUUUAUGUGUGACAUCAUGAAUAUUUAUACUGGCUGUAGUCUUAAAAAUAUAUAUACUUUGUCAUACAGAUGUAGGAUCUUAAUUUGAUCACUUCUGUUGCUGAGAAUUUUCCAGCACAGCAGGAAAUGCGAAUUGUAGUGUAUUUGAGUUUUUAAAAGGCUUCUAAUGUUUGUAAUUUCCCCUUUGAAAAUUCUAUCUCGAUUCGCUCUAAUGAAAAAUGUAUCAACCUCUAGAAAAAUGUCCAAUAAUUAUCAUCUACGUAAUAAAUCACAUUUCCUGUUGCUGUAGUAUUAUUUUCCCGCUGUAGGAAACGGGCUCAAAAUAAGAUCCUACGUCUGUACACUGUUUAUCUAUUAGUAGCCUACUUAAGCUCUUGCAAUAUGCCUUUUGUAGGCCUGCUACUGCAGUUCUAGCCACCACAGUUGGCUAAAUAUGGCAUGUGAAUUGACAGCUGUUCUGUUAUUUACACCUGUUACAGUCCCAAAUUAGAAGCAAGUGGAAUGAGGCCUUUACAAGAAAAGGUGAGGCCCUCUUUUCAUAGUUCUCUCUUUUGAUGUGAAAUAUGUUUUUGGUAAGAUUCAGUGAGUUUUAAAGUUAUAAAUGCCACUUGUUUUCUUACAGGACGGUGCUGGAUGCUGGAAAAAAUGUACAUAUAA